GUAUUAAAAGGAGAAGGCUUGUACAAUUUGAAGAGGAAGAAGAUGAACAUAUUGAACCGAAUGUUGUAUAUGCUAAAGAAAAUGUUCAUCUUUCAAAUGAUGAAAAUGUUAUCUUGGCACGAGAAAAAAGACAUCUUCCAAGUCAUUCUAAGUCAACAUCUUCUAAAGGCACGAGUCAACAAGAGCAUAUACCUCAAAGUUCAUCCAUUCAAAAUGAAGUUUAUAGUCAUAGCCUAUCAGAUGCUGAUUUUCUUAAUAAUGAAGAGGUAAAUGGAGUUGCUAUUUCUAGAAAGAAGUGGAACACCACAUGAUUUGUUAUUGUUGUAGAUGAACAAGGGGUUGAAAAGAGUAUGCAUCUUAAGGUAAAAGAUGCAUUUUCCCUUCAUCAUAGUAGGAAACGAGUUCUUAUAGAAUGGAAUGGAAGUGGUCAGCCAAUUGGAGAAUCCGGUGGACUCUUGGGAGGUGUUUUGGGGCUCAUUGCAAGUAAUUUUAAUAAUUUUUCUAUAAUGUACAAAACUUGGCAUAAGGUUCCAAUGCAAUACAAAGAUGCUGUUUUUGAGAAUACUAUUAAGAAAAUAUUUGUUGUUAAUGAUGAUGAACACAAAAGGUAUAUCUUGUCAAAUCUUGGAAAUAAGUGAAAGAAUAAUAGAUGCAAGCUAUUCAAUGAGCAUUAUAAAUUGGAACUUAGUUGGGAUGCAAAUGUUAAUUCGAAUCUAAUUGGAAUUCCCAAAGAUCAUUGGGCUGCAUUUUUGGAAUAUAGAUUGAGUCCAAAAACUCAGGUAAACACAUUUGUUCUUUGUUAGUUUUUAUUUGUGUUUAAGAUCCAUUAACUUUUAUGCUUGUUAAUGUGCAAGAAUUGUGUGAAAAGAAUGCUACAAAUCGACAACAAUUAAAAAUUCCUCACACUCUUAGCUCAAAAACACUUGCUAGGAAACGCCAUGAACUUGAAGUUGAAACUGGGCGACAGUUUAGUAGAGGAGAAAUAUUUUCUAUCACUCACAAGAAAAAAGAUGGAACAUUUGUCAAUGAGGAAGCACAACAAAAAAAUGAAGACUUACAGAAGGAAAUUGGUGAGGGUGCUUCUGAAAAUGAAGCAUAUGUUAAAGUAUUUGGCAAAGAGAAUUCAAGCUAUGUUAGAGGUAUGGGAUUUGGUGUUCGUCCAUCUCAAAUGAUUGGAUCCUUAUCCCGCUCAAGAGAGUCUAUGCAAUCUACUACAACUAGUGGACCAUCAAGAGCUGAAUAUCAAAACUUGAAGUUACAAGUACAAUUGCUACAGGAGCAAGUAAAUUUUCUUGUGAAUCAUCAAAAGGGUCAAUUGCCACCCGGUUUUCCUACUGAGGUUGCAGAUUUUGAAUCACCGACACAUACAAGACCAUAUUCUUCUGCCAGUCAUGAACCUCAACAACAUAGGCCAUCCAACGUUUAAAGGAGUUUUAUGAUUGAAUUGUUAGGUUUACAAGUUUGGAUUAAGUUGGAAUUUUUUGAAUUUACAUAUGGAUUAUUACUAUGUAAUUAAAAUUUGUAGAAUUCAACUUUUGAAAUACAUUGUUACUAUUUUUGUAAAACUUGUGGGAUUGAAUUUGGAUUUGUUGAAAAACAAUGUCAUUUAUGGAGAAUUCAAUUUUUGAUAA